AUGGUUUCCGUACGUGAUAUGAUUGUGCAUCGCUGUCGUGAAUACACAGCUUAUGAAAAUUUUGAGGAUCAUCUUUUAGCUCUCUUGGUUAAUUCUCCUAUUGCAGUCUUGGUCCCUUCAUUCCCUUCCUUGUUCGGACCUCCUCAUCCCGAUGGUCUUCAUUAUCCAACCCUUGUUGAAAGGACUCAGAUUCCUAUAACAUUUCACUUAGGCUAUGACUGUAUAGUCAUCCUGGCGUAA